AUGGCCGUGUUUGGUGGUGGGGCCGAUGAUGAUGCGCUCAGGGUGGCGCUGUUGGCGUCGGCCGGCGGUGGCGAGAAGGACGACCUGGAAGAGAUCCGUAGCGUGCCGACGUUCCUUCGGCGCGCGGCGGAGGAGAACCGGAGGCUGUGGCUCCUAGCGGGGCCUGCCAUCUUCACGUCGCUGGCGCAGUACUCGCUGGGCGGCGUGACGCAGGUCCUCGCCGGCCACCUGACCACGCUGGAGCUGGACGCCGUGUCCACCGAGAACUCCGUGAUCGCCGGCCUGGCCUUCGGGAUCAUGUACGGCAUGGGGAGCGCGCUGGAGACGCUGUGCGGGCAGGCCUACGGCGCCAAGAAGCCUGGCCUGCUGGGCGUGUACCUGCAGCGGUCGUGGAUCCUUCUGACCGGCAUGUCCGUCCUCAUGCUCCCGCUGUACCUCUUCGCCACGCCCAUCCUGCGCUUCUUCCACCAGGACGACGAGAUAGCGGUGCUUGCGGGGCGGUUCUCGCUGUACAUGAUCCCUCAGCUGUUCGCGUACGCGCUCAACUUCCCCAUCCAGAAGUUCCUGCAGGCGCAGAGCAAGGUGAUGGCCAUGGCGGCGGUGUCCGCGGCGGCGCUGGCGUUCCACGUCGCGCUCAGCUGGUUCCUCGUGGUCCCGAUGCAGAUGGGGCUCGUCGGGCUCGCGGUGGCGCUCAACGCGUCGUGGUGGCUCGUCGUGCUGGGGCAGCUCGCCUACAUCGUGAUGGGCUACUGCCCCGGCGCCUGGAACGGCUUCGAGCUCGACUCCCUCGCCUGGACCGAGCUCGUCAGCUUCGCCCGCCUCUCGCUCGGCUCAGCCAUCAUGCUCUGCCUGGAGUUCUGGUUCUACAUGUUCAUCAUAGUUAUCGUGGGCAACCUACCCAACGCCCAGGUCGCCGUCGCCGCGGUCUCCAUCUGCACAAACCUUUUCGGGUGGCAGAUCAUGGUGUUCUUGGGAUUCAACGCGGCAAUCAGCGUGCGGGUGUCGAACGAGCUGGGCGCGGGGCGGCCGCGCGCGGCGAGGUUCGCGAUCGCGGUGGUGCUCAUGUCCUCCGUCACCAUCGGGGUGGCCUUCUUCGUCGCCGUCCUGCUCCUCCGCGGCGUCUACGGGUCGCCCUUCACCGAGAGCCCCGAGGUGGUGGACGCCGUUGCCAGCCUGGGCGUGGUCUUCGCCUUCUCGCUCCUCCUCAACAGCGUCCAGCCCGUGCUCUCCGGCGUGGCCGUCGGCGCCGGGUGGCAGUGGCUGGUGGCGUACGUGAACCUGGGGUGCUACUACGGGGUGGGCGUCCCCGUGGGGUACGUCAUGGCCUUCCCGCUGCAGCUCGGCGUCCAGGGGAUGUGGGGCGGCAUGCUCACCGGCGUAGGCCUUCAGACCGUGAUCCUGGUGGCGAUCACGAUGCGCACCAACUGGAACAAGGAGGCAAGCGAGGCGACCUCCAGGAUACGGCGGUGGGGGGCAUCGUCCAACUCGGACGGCAUCUAG